GUUGGCUGCACUAUUUUUUACUUGACUGCAUUGUGAAAAAGUAAACGCAGAAAAUUUAAUGAUCUUUUGGAAAACUUUGGGAAACUGUAAUAUACAAGUGUUAAACUACGAUUAAGAUGUCUCUUUUUGGAAUGAUGGGUGAUCUUGAGGAUGAUCCAAUUUUCGGUCAUCAUAUGCGUUCGAUGCGGCAAAUGAAUAACAUGAUGAAUUCGUUAUUCGCGGAUCCUUUCGGAAUGUUUGGUGGUCUGGACAGUAUCGCUGGACCAUCACUAGCUGGACCUCGUGGAGGAUCUGCAUUGAUGCCAUUUAUGGGACCUAGCAUGAACAUGAACCGACUGUUGAAUAAUAACGCACAACCGUCAUACUGUUCGAGCAGUGUAUUUUCGAUGUCCUCUGGACCGGAUGGGCCUCAAGUAUACCAGGCUACAUCAAGCACCCGAACUGGUCCGGGAGGAAUAAAAGAAACACGCAAAACAGUUCAAGACAGUCGCUCUGGUACAAAGAAAAUGGCCAUCGGACAUCAUAUUGGCGAGCGGGCUCACAUAAUUGAGCGUGAGCAGAACGUACGCACAGGAAACCAGGAAGAGCGACAAGAUUUUAUCAAUCUUGAUGAUGAGGAAGCGGAAGACUUUGAUCGUGAGUUUCAUACAAAGGCACGAAGCUCCUUGAGUCUCUCGGGUGGACGACGUUCGGGCCCAGAAAUCAUGGAGUUGCCGUCAAACCAACCAAACCCACCGCAUAUUCGUGCUAUCACGAACAGUCCAUACAACGUGUCCUCUCCUGGUAGCAGCGGUCAGUAUCAACAGCAGCAGAACUCGUCGCCAGCACCGAUUUCCGCCAAUCGUAAUCGCAUUACCGGCGGUCCAACUGCUUCAACAAUAACGCCACGUAGGGGAAUUCGAUCGCCAGCGUCAUCUCCGCUAGCUUUGCCUUCAUCGUCCGGAAAUGGCCACAUUACGACAAGCGUGCAUCCGCACCCCUACAAUAUGGCAGGCCGGAAGAACCGUGCUAUCAAAGGUCCAUCUUCUUCACCCUACCACCAAUAGAUUGGCAGAGACAAAAGUCGAGUAAAGUCAGAGGAAUAGGCUAUGUUCACUUUAGGUCGAGCAUCGUAUAGCGCAAAGGUAAACCAACUAAGUAAUCUUAAUCCUAAGCUGUAGCUGUAACGAAAAUCUGAUUUGCGGUUUGCAAUCUUUCAUUCAAUCAAAACAACAACAAAUGACACACUGAACCAGAUCAUAGGCGCUAAGACUCGAAACAAUUUGAAUCUUCUAUAUCAAUAAUUACUACAAAAAUGAUGUUUGAUUUGGAAAAGCAUUGAGUUAUUCUGUUUUUUUAAUCGAUAAACUGUUAUUUCCAAGAGAAAAUAGUUCAUUCAAAACGUUUGUAAAACUGAUAUAUGCUUUCUAGAAGUUCUAAUUUUCUUAAGAUUGAUAUAGUUAAAGGUUAGUAAUGUAUCUCCCUUGAACUUUUUUUAAUAAUCAUAGACUAAUUUCACGUGUAUAAAAUAAAACUGAUUUCACGAAACGAUAUUUCAGACAA